CUCGACACACUCACUCGACUCACCAAGCUGCGUCUAUCUCUCUUCUGUUCCUUUCUUUCGCCUCUCCCCUCCUCGUCCUACUGCUGCUUGUGCUUCUGUGCUCUUCCUCCCUCCCUCCGUAUCCAAUGAAAUCUUAAUCUCCCUUCCCUUCUGCACCGGCCUCGUCGACUUCCCAUGGCGUGCCUCGCUUUGUCUCGCAUUACGGGGCCCUCCAUGUUCUCCCCGCCAAUUGCCUCUCCACCCCACUCUCGCUCUCUUGUCCAGCAUUUCGACCCGACAUUGAAUACUGCUACUCUGCACUCGCGCUGCUUCGUCCCUCUCCAAGCAUUAUCGAAUACCCGCCAAUCUAGCUUGAAGCACCGUGUUCUCAGGGAGAAAUCUGUGUUUGGGCAACAGUGCUGUCAAUCUCAUGGUUGUAGUUUUGGUGAAAGAGACCUGAAUGACGACAAGCAGGAUUUUACUGGAGAUGACGCCAUCUUACUGAGACAUCUCUUUUUUCACCCCAUGACGUUGCUCGCCCAAGCAUUGUCCAUUAUAUCCUAUUGGCGAGCCAGGUUACAUCUUUGCAGGCUUAAAUUCGAAGCAUUAUGUGAGGAGUCACAGUGGGAAGAUCUGGAUGGAGCAUUACUACAGCAGGGAAGUUUGGGAAUGGCAUUGCUGAGCACAUCCAUGAUUGCCAGGGACAGAAUUAGUCCAGUUUUGAUCACGCUUAGGGCAAAUCCUACGUUUAUGUCAGGCCUUGUCGCAUGGGCAUUUGCACAGGUGUUACGUCGAGAAUUUCACUUCGAGCUUUUAUCUAAGUUUUGGGUGUUGAAAGUGUUUACAAAGUACUUUGUGGAGAGGAGAUGGGACUGGAAGAUGCUGGUGGGUUCAGGAGGGAUGCCAUCUUCUCAUUCAGCCCUUUGUGUAGGUUUAACCACAGCAGUUGCGCUGUGUCAUGGAGUGGGUGACAGCUUGUUCCCGGUAUGUCUAGGGUUUACCCUCAUUGUCAUGUACGAUGCUGCGGGAGUUAGAAGGCACGCUGGACGUCAAGCAGAGGUCCUAAAUAUGAUCGUGGAAGACUUGUUCCAGGGGCACCCUGUGAGCGAAAAGAAGCUGAAGGAGCUUCUGGGACACACACCGUUGCAAGUUGGCGCAGGAGCUACACUUGGGAUGAUUUGUGGAUACAUCUGUUCUCGUGCCAGCAUGGUGUAUUGAGUAGUGUAUACUUCAGUAAUAUUGCGGAUUUCUUUUUAGGGUUUAAACCCGAUUGGCUUAAUGAAGCACUACAAUGUAAGUACUUCACUCCGAGGGCGGAAGUGAUGUACUGGCAUGUUUGCAGUUCACUUAUUCGUUGAACAGAAAUGCGUAUCCGUCGCUGCAGAUCUGAGGCCCAGACGGCCAACUUUGUUGUGGAGUGAAGAGAUUAUGAUGUAGGCCAAAAGUGACUUUAAAUGGAGUACUGGAGGAUUCUCAA